AUGUGGCAUUCCUUGCCUCCUGAUAGCUCUUUACCUGUCAUCUUUCAAAAUUAUCAACUCCUGCUAGAAAAGGGAAAAGCUCCAAGGCCGGUCCCAGUAUAUAUUGAUGAAGGACCUUUGGAUGUUUCUCUGAGCAAUGACAACCAUUCUGACCUCUUGUAUUAUCUUAUGCGUCUGCACAGUAACGAAGAGAGAGAUAAUGGUUUUAUAAAGACCAUGUUUAGUUCCUCCUCUUCAAGUGACGAUCCACUUGACUAUCAUAUGAUCUGGUACCAGCGAGAAAUCCUAGCAGCAGUUGGUGCCCUGACUUCAGAUGGCCUUCAAGUUGUCAAUAUGGGGUUUGUUGCACAGCUUCUCUCUCAGGGCCUUUGUCAUUGGGCUAUCUACGUUGUUCUUCACAUACCUUACUGUGAAGACUAUCCGUACCUACAGAUUAUCGCAAUUCGAGAAAUCCUGUUUCGAUACUAUGAAACUUGGGGUUCUGAUGAUUCACAGAGACAAUUUAUCAAGGACUUGGGUGUCCCUUCUGAAUGGAUGCAUGAAGCUCUGGUAAGCUCCUUCAUUCCAUUAUCUGCCGGCCAACUCUUGCCCCUCCAAUCACUGCAUGGUUCUAGUAUAACUAACCAUUCAGAAAUAUGGAGGAUUGCAACUUCAAUGGAUGAUCACAAGUCUGAGAUUGAAAAUUGGGAUUUGGGUACCGGAAUCUACAUAUCAUUCUAUUUGCUCAAAAGUUCCCUGGAAGAAGAAUGUGAUUCGAUGAGCGAGCUGAUGGUUUCUCAUCAAGUUAAGUUGCGUUCAUAUGAUGACCAAGUGCAAAAGAGCCUUAAUUCUGUAAAAGGACACUUAACGGCUUUAUUUCCACAGGUUUCCCUUGAGAGACACAGAUACACUUGCCAAAGCUUUGUUGGUCGUUUAAACGAGUCAUUGGCUAUUUGGGAUGACAGGCUACCAAUUCAAGCUAGAGUGGCUUACUCGAAGAUGGCAGACGAGAUCAGCGAUUUGUUGUUGUCAGGUAUGACCAUGGAGUCUAGCCGUGAUACGCAGCGAAGUUGUUUCGAGACAAUAUUGACUGCUCCUUUACCGGAAGACAUCAGAUCAACACAUCUACAGGAUGCUGUGUCACUCUUCUCUUUAUAUCUCUCUGAGUUAGGCCAAACUGCAGCUUAA